AUGCUUGGACCAACUGGAAAACGACUAGAUUAUAUAACCUGGCAUCAAUAUCAUAUGUAUAUGGCAAUUGUAAGUGGUUUUUCCCUUUAAAAAACGCAGAUUUUUAAUAUAAAAAUUGUUUCCAGAAUUCAGAAGAACGCUGUACUUUUGCGGAGAAUCCAGUUGGUUGUCUAAUCGUCGAUCAAGAAAACUACAUCGUAGCCAACAGUUUCAGCCAAGGAAAUUAUCAUGAAAAACAUGCAGUCUUCAUCGCCUUGCAAAAUAAGCGAACAAAAUCGGCGGAAAAUUGCAUUUUAUACACUUCGAAAUUUCUGGAGUGCGAUGAAUGUGUGGAGAAUUUGAUCCAGGAGAAAAUUGCGAAAAUUUGCUAUUUAUCAGAGCCUGUAGAGAAUAAUUGGCUGGAAAGGCUGAAAACCGCAGGGAUCGAGUGUGAAAAAUAUGUGAAGUCCAGGAAAAUUGUGAUUGAGAUUUGAAUUUGAAAUAUUGUAUUUAGUAGUUUAUGACUCGCUGAUUGAUUAUCUUUUCGAAAACUAUUUGACCGAACUCAACUUUGAAUAUGAAUUAUGACGUGGAAAAGUUUAUAAUACUUUGCAAAAUGGUUUUUAUCUGCUUUAACUUUUGGAAAAUAUUGUAAGUUCAAAAAUAAGUUGAAAAAUUCUCAUUCCUGAAGUCAGUCUUGGCAAUCAUAAUUUUCAAGCUUUGCCACGUCAUAAGUCAUAUUCAGAAACGGGAUCAUUCUCAGCUGGUUAGGAAUUACUAGAUCACAUUUGUUUCAUUUGAAAAAUUCUUUGUAUUUAAAUUUGCUUUAUAAACGUGACCUAAUCCAAUAAACCAAUUUUUUUGAUCAGAUAAGAAUCUGA